AUGCAUCCCACCUUGCUGUUCCUCCCGCUCUUGGCCUCCUUGCUCGUCCUCCUCCUCCAUGACCACGCCAGCGCCGACUGCGAGCCGGCGGCAUGCGGGAACCUCACCCUCAGGUACCCGUUCUGGCUCGGCAGCAGCACCAAUCCGCCUUCUUCUUCCAGCUGUGGACACCCGGGUUUCGAGGUCUGGUGCAGCGGCGACGGCCGCGUGGCCUCCUUGAAGGGCACCGACAUCCACGUCCUGAGCAUCGACUACACCAACAACUCCCUCGUCGCCUGCCACGCCAAGCUCGCCGGCGACGACGGCGUGUGCAAAAUCGACUUCAACGUGUCCUCCAGCAUCCCGCUCAGCCUGUUCAAUAUUAGCCCACAGAACCGUGCCCUGUGCUUCCUCUACAACUGCAGCGGCACGGCCCCGAGCGGCCCCGAGUACGCGAACGCCGCCGCCAACUGCAGCAGUACUCCCAGCUACGCGUACCUCGGCGGGGACUACUACUGGGGCAGGCCACCGGCGCCGAUCGCGACGUGGAGAUGCCAGAACGCCUACAUGCCGGUGCUCGGGUCGGAGGCGGCAGUCAUGACGGCGGCCAACUACAGCCGGCUGCUGAACGACGGGUUCGUCCUGGACUGGGAGGUGGCCGGCGUCGGCGACUGCCGGACCUGCAACGCCAGCGGCGGGCAGUGCCGGUACGACAGCGCCGCCGCGGAGUUCUGGUGCCUCUGCCCCGACGGCAGGCGCGCGGGAUCAACAUGCGCCGGUAUCAACGGGAAUGGCAGGAAUGAGAUAGCACUAAUAGUUUCGAUUUCAGCAGCUGCAAGCUUGCUCCUACCAUGUAUAUAUGUGUUGGUAUGGCAUAAGCAAAAACUAAGGUUUUUCCUAUGCAAAAAGACCAGCAGCACCACAGAAGAGAACGUUGAGGCCCUAAUAUUAUUACAUGGGUCACUAGCUCCAAAACGAUACAAAUACUUCGAAGUAACAAAGAUAACAUCUUCCCUUAAUAAUAAGCUAGGGGAAGGUGGUUAUGGCAUGGUUUUCAAAGGAAGGCUAGAUGAUGGUCGUCUAGUUGCAGUGAAGUUCCUGCAUGACUCCAAAGGUGACGGUGAGGAGUUUGUGAAUGAGGUUAUUAGUAUUGGCAGGACAUCUCACAUUAAUAUUGUUAGCUUAUUUGGGUUUUGUUUGGAAGGCUCAAAGAGGGCCCUCAUAUAUGAGUAUAUGCCAAAUGGUUCUUUGGAUAAGUAUAUAUACUCCGAGAAUCCCAAAGCAAUUUUAGGAUGGGAUAAGCUCUAUACCAUAGCAAUUGGGAUCGCUCGAGGGUUGGAAUACUUGCACCAUAGUUGUAAUACACGCAUAGUGCAUUUCGAUAUCAAGCCUCAAAAUAUCCUUCUGGAUCAGAACUUUCACCCAAAGAUUGCUGAUUUUGGUUUGGCCAAGUUGUGCCAUACCAAGGAGAGCAAGCUUUCUAUGACCGGUGCUAGAGGAACACCUGGGUUUAUAGCUCCUGAAGUGCAUUCUCGAACCUUCGGAGUUGUUUCAGCAAAAUCAGAUGUUUAUAGCUAUGGAAUGAUGUUGCUAGAGAUGGUUGGAGGCAGAAAAAAUGUUAAAUCGAUGGCUCAAGAGUCAAGUGAAAGGUAUUUUCCACAUUGGAUUUAUGACCACUUUGGUCAAGACGAUGGACUACAGGCAUGUGAAGUUACACGUGAGAACAAAGGAAUCGCUAGAAAAAUGAGUGUGAUUGGCCUGUGGUGCAUCCAAAUAUUACCAAUGCAUCGCCCUACCAUAGGAAAGCAACGAUCCAGCUUACAGUUUGAAUGCAGAAAGUACGAGCAUGAUUAG